AUGAUCCAAGCGGACUCUGCCGAAGACGGCGACAUACCAUCUGUCCAAAUCAUAUACGAGCCCUCUCAGGUGUGGAGCCACCAUGUGAUUCCUUUGGUCCUAGGCAAGUUCUCCGUCAAGGUUGUGGAUACUAGCAGAGACAGCAGCCUGUUCGCUACCAUUCCACGCCUCAUAACCAGCACGCAAGAAGGGUCUCCGGUCUAUGCGGUUUGUGAUGCCAUUGCAUGUGCAUAUUUAGCGAGUAUGAGCGGGUCGGCAGAUGCAAUUGCCAACAGAACCCGGGCGUAUGGGACCGCACUUAGGGUCGUCAAUGUGGCUCUAGGAUCAGAGGAGGGAAACCGCCACUGUCGAGGCAUGGCCUCUUUGAUUGACCUCCGGGAUCCGGAGCAGUUCACCAGAGAUGAUGGACGGAAUCUCGUCUGCAAGCCAAAGCACUUAUCGCCGGCCGGGAGUCUCCUACAGAAGUGA